GACAACAUUUGCUGGAAGCUCCGGAGUGAGUGGAUUCAGGCCGUGCUGUGAUAUGCUGACUGCGUGUAUGUAAUGGAGAGAUUCAAGAAGCGAUGGUUUCUCCUCUCCGCCCUGCUUGGAUGUAUCCAGGCAGGAGCCAGCCAGACAUCUCACUGUAAAUCUGUUCCUGGCACCAUCUAUGACUACCAGGCGAUGGCUUUAAAUGGGAGCAGGAACAUCCUUUUAAGUGAAUACACUGGGAAAACUGUGCUGAUCAUCAACGUGGCAACGUUCUGAGGAUUGACACAACAGUACGUUGAUCUGAAUGCACUACACACAGAACUGGAACCGCUUAGAUUCACAAUCCUCGCCUUCCCUUGCAACCAGUUUGGAAAGCAGGAACCAGGAAGGAAUCAGGAGAUAUAUCCCUUGUUGAAGUACGUCCGUCCGGGGAGAGGCUACGUGCCCAACUUCCAGCUGUUCCAGAAGGGUGACGUGAACGGUGAGAACGAGCAGCCCCUGUUCACCUAUCUGAAGAGCUCCUGCCCCCCGGUGGGUGAUAGUUUUGGUGACCCUGACAACCUCUACUGGAAGCCGCUCAAGAUCUCUGACGUCAAGUGGAACUUUGAGAAGUUUCUCAUCGGGCCCGAUGGCAAACCCGUGCAGCGGUGGCACCCCAGAGUGGCCGUCUCCAAGGUCAAGCAGGACAUCGUCCAGUACUUACGCACCGUGCACCAGCUACAACGGGCCAUCUAAACGCUGCCCCACGCACUUUGCCCAUAUCCUUGGACAAUGGUUCAAUUUAGCUCAAUGGGUUUCUACCUCCUCACCUCUUCCACUGCACUGCCUCCUAUCUCCCCACCUCUCCCUUGGUACCUCCCUCCAUCCCACUCUCCCUCUCCUUCCAAACUUCUCUUUCUCCACAGAUCCAUACUUAUUCCCACCCUACUUCGAAUAUCGAUAGGUUCCAAUCCUCUUUCCUUAUUUUCCCCUACAUCUCUCAACCACCUUGCCCUCUCUCCUCUCUCUCCCCUCUCUCAGCCCUCUAUUCCCACCCAUAUAUCCUCUCUCCCCUACAUCCUUCCCCUCCUUCCUCCUUACCCCUUUCUCUUCAUCUCACAUUUCUUCUUCACUCUCCUUUUUCAUUCCACUUGAAGGCCCCUUCGCCCCUUCAACCUCCUCCCUCCCUCCCUCCGCCCUCACACGGUCCAUUACCAUGAACGGCUCGAGAACUGACACGGAGGGGAGUCUCUGGUCACUCCCUCCUCCCCCACAAAGUACCACACUCCCUCGGCCAAAUCGAACCGCUGUCCAAUGCAUGUGGAAAACCUACUUUUCCCCUUGCUUUUCUCUGAGCUCCCGCGGGGCUGGGGAAGGGGGCAGGAAGUUGACGGGAAGACAACAGCAGAAUGACGAUCAGAUCUACAAGCAGCCUUGGCGGCCAGUUCUGGUCCGAGUUUGCGCCGAGUUUGGGUCAGGCUCUUGUGCAUUCGAGCUUCUUGUAACUCCGCGCGGUCUACACUGUCUCUCGGUCUACGAUACCUCCACCCCUCCUGUUGCCAUUGUUCGAAGUUGAUCGAAUUUAACAAUAAAGCACCCUAUUGCCA